UUCAUAAAAGAGAGCUAUAAAGUCGCCGUCUUGUUCGUUCGUCCAAUUUUCUCGGUUCAAGUUUUCUGAUUCAGAACAGGUCUCGAUUGCCAAAUAAUUUGUGCAAUAUUAUCGUCAAGAGAACUAUUGGGGUACCUGUUUGUUCAAUUACUUGAAGUCGUAGUUAUUGAAAUCUACCGAUUGACGCACGAAAGUUUUCAAUAAUCAUCGAGUCCACACAAAAAGUCCAUUGAACUUGUGUGAUUGUUUGUGUACACCUUUUUUGCCCCGUUUAUUACCGUUCAAAGUCCAUCGAUAACUCGAUUGCCCCAGUGUGUAAAAGUGGUUUCUCGUCGGUGUUGAAAGGUUAAAUUAUUCAGUCGCACUCGAGUACUUUGUCGCACAGCAGCUUACGGUCCUGGUACGAUGAACCGAGAUACUAUAUACCAUUUACCGGAGGAUAGUGAGGAGUCCACAUUUUGCUACGAUGAAUCGCGCCCAGCUUUGCCUUUACCAAAAUUGGAGCACACCCUGAAGCGGUAUCUAGAAUCGUUGAAACCCUUCGGGACACCCGAAGAGCUGGAGCGAUCGAAGACCAUAAUCGAAGCCUUUAGGACCGGAAUCGGUGCCAAACUACACGCAAUGCUGGAGGAAAAGGCGAAAAACGAAAAGAAUUGGGUUGCCAAAUGGUGGGAAGAUUACGCAUACUGUACCCUGCGGAUGCCUCUGAUACCGUACUGCGUGAUGGCUCAGCCGCUGAUGUUUGAAACGGUCGGUUUGGAUGCUGUUCCGGAGAAUUUUUUGAAAGGUGCUGCCAUCUUCUGCUGGAUCAAUAUGCGCUUCUGGAAGCUGGUGAGAACUGAAACGUUGCGGCCAAUCGCCAGUGCCGAUAAGAAGAUAAUCUUCUCGUCGGAACUGUACAAACGGCUGUUCAACACGGCACGCAUUCCAGGACUGGAGAUGGACAAGAUUGAAACCUAUUUCAAAACGGAAAAAGAAGGUGAAUGUCCCUCGCACCUUUUGGUGAUCUACGAUGGAAGAAUAUUCAAAUUAAAUGGUCUACACGAGAACGGAGAAAUACUGAGUCCACAGGAAUUUUUGCUGAUGCUGCAGCAAAUCCAGCAAAAGGUGGACAGUGAACGGGCUAGUCACUCGGGAGUUCCGCUUCUGACCAAUGAUGAUCGGACGACCUGGGCAAGGAAUCGGAAUCAUCUGAUGGAACUUUCCGAACAUAAUCGUUAUUUGUUUAAGGAAAUCGAGGGAGCGGUAGCGCUCUUUUCGUUGGAUACCAACGAGCCAGGCAAUUAUUCCGAGGUAGCUGCCCGUACCUUGGUCGGUGACUUACAUUCCAAAUGGGCCGAUAAAAGCGCCGUUAUGGUGUGUUUCAAAAAUGGCAGGAUGGGCUGCAUGGGAGAACAUUCCUGCUACGAUGGAACGAUUUCCAUUUCCAUGAGUUUGUAUUGCAUGCUAACUAUCUAUGAGGAAGGCAUUCCUGAUUGGAGCAUCCCGCCUAAAAAACUGGUUCAACCAGUCGAGCUGGUAUUCGAUGUGGAUGAUAAUAUACGUUCAGAGAUUAUUCGGAUGCAGGAAGUGGCUGAUAAAAUGCAAAACUGUGUCAUAGUGACGGUUGACCAGUUCACCGGUUACGGCAAGGAAUACAUGAAGUCUAAAAAGAUUCAUCCGGAUUCGUGGGUACAGACGGCCUUGCUUCUGGCUUACUACAGACUUCACGGAACUUUUGCGCCCACCUACGAGACGGCUAUGAUGCGCCAGUACUACAAGGGACGGACGGAAACAUGCCGGUCAUGUAGCAUUGAAACGGUGAACUUCAUCGAAGCCAUGCAACAACAUUCCAAAGAAAGUUCCGGCGCCACCAAGGCAAAGUUGUUCCGAACCGCGGCCUAUCGACAGACGGAAUUAAUGAACGAAGCUAGGAAGGGAAACGGCAUCGAUCGGCACCUUUUCGGCCUCUGGUGUAUGGCCUACGACCAGGGCCUGCCGAUUCCGGAACUUUACGAUGAUCCCUUGUACAGUAAGAGUGGUGGCGGAGGAAACUUUAUCCUGUCGACAAGUACCCUCGGUUUCACCAUCAAUUGCGGGUUCGUGGCCCCGAUGUGCAUGGAUGGGUACGGGUGUUUCUACUCGAUGCUAACGGACAACGUAUGGUCCAUUAUGACGGCUUACAAGGAUUCGGAAGUGACCAGUUGUCACAAGCUGGUAGCUGCCUUCCAUCAGGCCAUGGAGGACAUCCGAUCGUUAAUGGAGGCCGAGGAUGUGUCGUCGAACAAACUUUAGAAAUCAAAUAGAGAUUAGGUCAUUAUUGGUAUGUUUUAUUGGCGACUGACAACGGUAUUAGGUGAUUAUUAUGUUAUGAUUGUGCUUUGUGUCCGAGAUUCUGUAAAUAAAGAAGCUUUUUUUAAUUUGCUAUUUCAAAACA